UAGAGCAGGAAAGCAGGAGCUCCAUGCAGGAGGUCCCCACAAGCGGGUCUCUAGAUCUGGCUGAGGUUGACAGAAGGCUGCUACGAGAAUGUACCCCCAUCUGGGCAAGAUCCCAAUCAGGACUAGGACAUGGCUCCACAGCCGUGUGUCUCUGGUUGUCUCUGUCUGCCGCUGCGAAGCUAGCCCAGCCAGCUGGAGCCCCCAAAACAUUAACAACGAAUGGCGCCCAUGUGGACCUGACCUGCGCAUCUCUCAGAUAAGUGAAGACAAUUUGGCUACCUAUGCACUAUGGCCUUCUCUUCUGCUUGUGAAGAGAUCUCCAAAGGCCUCUGCCCUUUCUUCACAAGACUGUUUCACUGUUUCUGGAACAUUUAUCUCUGGACCACUCUGUGGUUUCUGCCCAACGCCAGCCCGCAGGAGCCGGCUUUCCGCCGCGUGGCACGGGGCAUUGGGCGCCGGCUCCCUCCACGCUGCUCGGCUGCUGGGAGCAGGGCAGCAGACAUGGCAGGGCCAUGGGGCAGGGCUGCGGCAGCCUAUCCUGGCCUCCACCCUGGGGCACCUUGGCCCACGCCUUCUGCAUGGCUGGCCCGCCCACCCUCGUGCUAUGAAGUCUGGACAGAUCCCGGACGACCUGGAGACCGCGGGCUCCCUGCCGAAACUGGGCCCCCUGGCCGAGAUCUCCAGCUUGGGUCUGAAGACAGACAAGCUAGAAUACGCAGAGAUUCAUCCAGAGAUCGCAACCUACAAUUCCUAGAAGUGGAGCUGUGUAGGAGGCCACCUCCAGAUG